AUGACAUCAAACAGGGUGUUUAAAUCAUUUAGGAUUGCCCUGGUGACCAGCAGUAUCCGUCAACCUCGUCUAAACCCUUACAUUACCGCCGAUGUGCACCAGGCGCUCACCAACCUCAAAAUCAGCCCGAUCCUACCAGACAACAACCAUAACAAUAUCUCCCUUGAGAUCGUCGACAUCGCGGAACAGGGUCUACCACUACAUGAUGAACCCGUCGUCCCAUCCUUACACCCCGCCUAUAACCCAGCACCUCACUAUAUCCACGCACAUACGCGCGCGCCUGGUCUAUCAAAAUCCGCCAAUUCGACGCCUUCAUCUUCGUCACCUCGCAGUACAACUCGUCCGUACCGGCCAGUUUAA